AUUUAAAAAAAUUUAAUGAAAUUUUGAAGAAUUAACAAAAAAAAAAAAAAAAUGGUUGGUCGUUCAACAUUACGUAAUCGACAUCAUGCUAAUGCUAAUCGUUCGUACGGUUCUGUUGUGCCAUCUACACCUGGUAAUAUUGGACGAGUGGAUGAUAGGAAGAAAAGGAAUGAAAUAUGUGGUAAAGGAAGUGCACAAAUUCAUCCUAUUUGGCCGGAAAUGCCUCAAGGACAGGGUGAAUUAUUUUUUGAAUGUACGCUAUUCCUUUAUUCUGUAUUAGCACUUUUCUUGCAAUAUCUCAAUUUAUACAAGACAAUGUGGUGGUUGCCAAAAUCGUAUUGGCAUUAUUCAUUGAAAUUCCAUUUAAUCAAUCCAUAUUUGCUAUCGUGUGUUGGUCUGUUACUUGGCAUACGAGUGACAAAGUGUUUUUGGAAAACGAUAACCGAAUUGGCAACGAAUGCCAGACAAGAUGGUUCAAAAGCUCAUUGCUUAUUGUGGGAUAUUAUUGAGUGGGCAGCAGUUAAAACACCAAUGUUUACGAUGGUUGCUACUUCAUUUCUAUUCAGUUUUUCGCGUGUUUAUUUUGAUUUUCCCUUCAAAUCAUUGCUCUACUUUGGACACCCGGUUCUUUUCUUCUUAUACUUAUUCCAUGAUAACAUAUCAUAUAAAAUGCGCUGUUAUGCUACAAAGUUAUGGUUUGUUCUUAAUGGAAGAUCAUUAUCGGAAAUAUCAAAUGUAGUGUAUCGUGGUCUUGUGCACCCACCAGCGCUUAUUGAUGUUGAUAGUGUUGUACAUAUGUGUAGCACUAAUCCAUUGCAAAUACGUGAAGAAGUUUCGGUUUUAAUGAAAGAUUUUGGUUUACGAAUCAAGCACUGCUUCUUUUCUGGUUUAACAACAGCAUAUCUUUCAAUUUUUGUUCCAUGUGUAUUUACACCUCAACGAUCACCAUCAGGCCUACCGCAGCAGAUGUACAUUGAUAUUUUUUGGGUUAUGGAAUUAUUUUGUGUCGUAUUUUUAACAUCGUUUUCGCUUUAUGCAGCAUAUUUGCUACCAUUACAGUACUGCGAUUUGAUACAUCGUUGUGCAGCACAUCUUGGUAAAUGGGAACGGGUAUCUCGAUUUACUACGGCCACAGCUGGUAGUAGUGGUGGUAGUAAUAGUAAUAUUGGUGAUAACAGUUGUUACAAUAAUACUAGCAUUAGUGGUAGUAAUUGUAGCAGUACUAGUAGUAGUAGCAGUAGCAACAACAGUAAUGGUAGUAGCAGUGGUGCUGCUGAUGGAGGUGAUGGUAAUUCGACACAAACAGUGAUUUCUACUGCAGCAAAUACUGUGUAUGCAGAUUGGUCCGAGCAUAAUGGCCUUUAUGCACAUGGUUCUGUUGUUCGUCAUAAAGGACAACUUUACAAAGCUGUUUCUAACGUUGGUAGAUUAGGUGUCGCAGCUGAACCUGGAGAUUCGGAUCAUUCUCGUUUUUAUCGAAUUGGUGGUGAUCCGGUUACUUUGAUCACUACAAUGGCAAUUUUUCAAGUUAUUCUGAUUGCUAUCCAGUUUUGGAUGUUGAUACUGACGACAGAUUGGCAACAUAUCGUUACGCUCGUACUACUGAUAUUUGCGAAUUACCUCUUACUAGCAAAGACAUUUAAAGAUCGUGUAAUUAUUGGGAGGAUUUAUAAACCUUCUCCUGAAGAUCUGCAAUUAAUUAAGCAAAUGCAGCAAUAUGGAUGAAAGAAAACAUAUCACGAUGGUUUGAUUUGAUUCAUUUAUAAGUGUGAUGAAGUUGAAAGUCUGUCUUCCUUGUUGUGUAUUUAAGGAUCUGUGAUGAUUUUUACGAGUUUGAUUUUUUUUCAAUUUAUGCAAUUUUAGUGUUAAAAGUGUUGUAUAU